GCAUGCGCAGUCUCUGGCUUGGGAAGCGAGAGGGAGAGUGAAGGAGCGUCUUGGUGUGGCGGCGGCGGCGGCGGCCCUGCUGGAAGGAGCUCGCGCAGGGCGGCGGACCCCGGAGAGACCCAGGCAGCGGCGGCUUCGCCUCACAGCAAGUCACCCAACGUCCUGCUGCCCCCUUUCAAAGAUGGUGAAGCUGGACAUUCACACAUUGGCCCAUCACCUCAAGCAGGAACGGCUCUAUGUGAACUCCGAAAAGCAGCUGAUUCAGAGAUUGAAUGCUGAGGUGCUGAAGACUGCUGAAAAGCUGUAUCGCACAGCAUGGAUUUCCAAGCAGCAGAGGAUUAACUUGGACCGGCUAAUCAUAACAAGCGCGGAAGCUUCACCUGCUGAAUGCUGCCAGCAUGCCAAGGUCUUGGAGGAUACACUGUUCGUGGAUGGGUACAAGCAGUUGGGCUUUCAAGAGACAGCCUAUGGAGAAUUCCUUAACAGGCUGCGCGAAAACCCUCGCCUUAUUGCAUCGUGCCUGGUUGCUGGAGAGAAGCUCAACCAGGAGAACACGCAGAGUGUCAUUCACACCGUCUUCACCUCCAUCUAUGGCAACUGCAUUAUGCCAGAAGACGAAAGCUACCUCCUCCAAGUCUUGCGCUACUUGAUUGAAUUUGAACUCAAGGAAAGUGAUAAUCCCAGACGGCUCCUAAGGAGAGGCACCUGUGCAUUCAGCAUUCUGUUCAAACUCUUUUCUGAGGGGCUCUUUUCAGCCAAGCUCUUCCUCACUGCCACUUUGCACGAGCCCAUUAUGCAGCUGUUGGUUGAAGAUGAAGACCACCUGGAAACUGACCCCAGCAAAUUGAUUGACCGCUUCUCGCCCACCCAGCAGGAGAAGCUCUUUGGGGAAAAGGGCACUGAAAAGUUCAGGCAGAAAGUUCAGGAGAUGGUAGAAUCCAACGAGGCCAAGCUGGUGGCCCUGGUGAAUAAGUUCAUUGGCUACCUCAAGCAGAACACCUACUGCUUCCCACACAGCUUACGGUGGAUUGUAUCCCAGAUGUACAAAACGCUCUCGUGUGUGGACAGGCUUGAUGUCGGAGAAGUGAGAGCCAUGUGCACGGACCUUCUCUUGACUUGCUUCAUUUGUCCUGCCGUGGUCAACCCAGAGCAGUAUGGGAUUAUUUCUGAUGCCCCAAUCAAUGAAGUGGCAAGGUUCAACCUAAUGCAGGUUGGGAGACUUUUGCAGCAGCUGGCCAUGACCAGUUCUGAAGAAGGAGACCCCCGUACAAAGAGUUACCUGGGUAAAUUCGACAAAGGUUGUGUGGCUGCCUUCUUGGACGUUGUCAUUGGCGGACGGGCAGUAGAGACUCCACCCAUGUCCUCGGUGAACCUUUUGGAAGGGCUGAGUAGAACUGUGGUUUACAUGACCCAUAGCCAGCUCACUGGCCUGGUCAGCUUUAUGCGGAACGUCAUGUCGGGCGACCAGCUGAAGGAGGACCGCAUGGCUCUGGAAAACCUGCUGUUAAACUUGCCCCAGAACAAGCCAGGGAAAAGCAGCAGCCUGGAGAUGACCCCAUACAACACCCCACAGCUUUCCCCUGCCACCACACCAGCAAACAAGAAAAACCGGCUGCCUAUAGGACAACAGUUGGCAGCCAUCACUGCCUGGGAUACGUCUGCCACCAACCUGACAGCUCACAUAAACCUUGUAACCCCAUUUGCUACUCGAAGCCGGAGCCGAUCGAAUAUGCAAGUGGACCAGCAUGCAGACCAUGAUGGAUUCUCCCAGGAGACGAUACAAGAAGUUCAACCAGAAGAAGUAUUGGUUAUUUCUCUCGGGACUGGGCCCCAAAUAACUCCAGGAAUGAUGUCAGAAAAUGAGGUUUUAAACAUGCAGCUUGCUGACGGAGGGCAAGGAGAUGUCCCUGUUGAUGAAACCAAACUCCACGGUAAACCUGAUAAAACCUUGCGCUUUUCCCUCUGCAGUGAUAAUCUGGAAGGAAUAUCUGAAGGCCCUUCAAAUCGAUCCAAUUCUGUGUCAUCGUUGGACUUGGAGGGGGAAUCUGUGUCCGAACUUGGUGCAGGCGGCCCAUCAGGGAGCAAUGGGGUGGAAGCCCUGCAACUGCUGGAGCAUGAGCAAGCAACCACUCAGGAUAACCUUGAUGAUAAGCUCCGUAAAUUUGAGAUCCGUGACAUGAUGGGGUUAACAGAUGACAGGGAUAUCUCUGAGACUGUGAGCGAGACCUGGAGCACUGAUGUUCUGGGGAGCGACUUCGAUCCAAAUAUUGACGAGGACCGCUUGCAGGAAAUUGCAGGUGCCGCAGCUGAGAAUAUGCUGGGAAGCUUGCUGUGUUUGCCUGGUUCAGGAUCGGUGCUUUUUGACCCCUGCACAGGCUCAACCAUCUCGGAAACCACCAGUGAAGCUUGGAGCGUUGAAGUGCUACCAAGUGAUUCAGCAAUCCUGCCCAGGCACGUGAUUUUAGUAGAGGCCCCAGAUCUAAAGCAAGAGGAGAGGCUGCAGGAGCUUGAGAGCUGCUCUGGGGUGGGGAGCACCUCUGAUGACACAGAUGUGAGGGAGGUCAGUUCCCGCCCCAGCACACCAGGCCUCAGUGUCGUAUCAGGCAUUAGCGCAACCUCUGAAGACAUCCCAAACAAGAUUGAGGACCUCCGAUCCGAGUGCAGCUCUGACUUUGGUGGGAAGGAUUCAGUAACCAGCCCCGACAUGGACGAAACAGCUCAUGGAACCAGCCAGGGGACCUCUACCUUGUCUCAUGCAGAAUCCUUGCUUGCCAUGUUCGAUCCCUUGUCUUCCAACGAAGCAGUGGUGAGGCCCAAAGUGCACUAUGCAAGACCUUCACACCCCCCGCCAGACCCCCCGAUCCUGGAAGGGACCCUAGGAGGCAACGAGGCAAGGCUGCCCAAUUUCAGCUCCCACACUGCUAUAAUCAUUGACUCCGAAGUGUUCAGGCAGCGGUAUUCCUAUCCUGAGAGGCUCGUGCGGAGCAGGAGCUCUGAUAUAGUGUCAUCUGCCCGGAGGCCAAUGAGUGACCCUGGUUGGAACAGGCGAGCCGGCAACGAGGAGAGGGAGCUUUCUGUGCUUGGCUGUGUAGGGGGAACUCCUUUGCUGACAGCCUCUCAGUCUUCUUCCUCAUCUCCUAGCAGAGAUUCCUGCAGAGGAGAGGUUGAGGAUCGCAAAGACAGUGACGAUGAGAAAUCUGACCGGAACAAACCAUGGUGGAGGAAACGUUUUGUUUCAGCUAUGCCCAGAGCUCCCAUCCCAUUUAGGAAAAAAGAGAAGCAGGACAAGGACAAAGAGGACUUUGUGCCUGAUAGAUACAACGCUCUUCAAGAUGACUCUGGCCCUAGACUGAGCGCUCAGGCCCAGGCAGCGGAGGACAUCCUGGACAAGUACAGGAAUGCGAUUAAGCGAACCAGCCCCAAUGAGGGGGCUGUAGUGACCUAUGACAAUGCAGAUGCCAUUGGAGAUGGCGAGAGCAUCCAUGACUCUGUGCGGGACGACAACUUGCAGAACAUAUCCGCAGAUGACCUUCCGGAUUCUGCCAGCCAAGCAGCCCAGCCACAGGAUUCGGCUUUCUCUUACAGAGAUGCAAAGAAGAAACUGCGGCUUGCUCUCUGUUCAGCAGAUUCUGUGGCCUUCCCUAUGUUGUCCCACUCAACGCGGAACGGCCUUCCGGAUCAUACAGACCCUGAAGACAAUGAAAUUGUAUGCUUCCUAAAAGUCCAGCUAGCCGAAGCCAUCAACCUUCAGGACAAGAACCUGAUGGCUCAGAUCCAGGAGACCAUGCGUUGUGUUGGCCGCUUUGACAACAGGACCUGCCGCAAGCUGCUGGCCUCAAUUGCUGAGGAUUACAGGAAAAGGGCUCCCUAUAUUGCCUACCUGACACAGUGCCGCCAGGGUCUACAGACCACCCAGGCCCAUCUGGAAAGGCUGUUGCAGAGAGUCCUGCGAGACAAAGAAGUGGCAAACCGAUACUUCACCACGGUGUGCGUGCGGCUGUUGCUGGAGAGCAAAGAGUCAAAGAUAAGGGCGUUCAUUCAAGAUUUCCAGAAGCUGACUGCAGCAGAUGAUAAAACUGCCCAGGUUGAGGACUUCCUCCAGUUUCUCUACGGUGUAAUGGCCCAGGAUGUCAUCUGGCAGAACGCCAGCGAGGAGCAGCUCCAGGAUGCCCAGCUGGCAAUUGAGCGCAGCGUCAUGAACCGCAUCUUCAAACUGGCCUUCUACCCUAACCAGGAUGGAGACAUCCUGCGUGACCAGCUUCUUUACGAUCACAUACAGAGGUUAGCUAAAGUGGUGACUGCGAACCAUAAAGCACUCCAGAUUCCUGAGGUCUACCUCCGCGAAGCACCAUGGCCAUCAGCACAGUCUGAGAUCCGCACCAUCAGCGCCUACAAGACCCCGCGCGACAAGCUGCAGUGUGUCUUGCGGAUGUGCUCCACCAUCAUGAACCUGCUGAGCCUGGCAAACGAAGAUUCUGUUCCUGGAGCAGACGACUUUGUCCCUGUUCUCGUCUUUGUUCUCAUAAAGGCCAAUCCGCCCUGCUUGUUGUCCACUGUCCAGUACAUCAGCAGUUUCUACGCCAACUGUUUAACUGGAGAAGAAUCCUACUGGUGGAUGCAGUUCACAGCGGCAGUUGAGUUCAUUAAAACGAUAGACGAGCGCAAGUAAACCCAACCCAGCCAGCAUCUCUGCUGAGAACCAAAUGGCUCACAGAGGAGGACCUUUAUGAAUGUAUGACGCCUGGUCUCUGCCCAUCAGGCUACAGGAAAACAAAGAGAGAAGACCUCCAUGUGUAAAUACUGUAAAGGAGUUCAAAGCAUUUUCAAACAAACCUUUACUAAUUGGACUAAUUCCAGCAGGGUGGUUUGAGGUAUUAUUUUGGUUGUGUGUGUUUCCUUUUCUUUUUGAAUCCUCUUUCCCAUAGAAACUAGCACUGUGUCAAAUCAUAAUAAAGAUAAAAGGGACCACUUGUUAAAGUAUCCUGGGAUCUCCAGGCAUUUUUUCUGCUGCCACAAGCUCCAUGUCAAAAAAAUUUUUUCCUUAACAGUUUAGUUAGAACUUUUUAAAAACUUGGUGAGUGGAGAGAAUAAAGGUAAGCACUUUCUAAUGAUUUUUAUUUACAAGAAUUCAUUUGUCUUGUUGAGACGGAAUGCACCAGUCACAGAGGAGAGUUUGCAGCAAGUGAAGGGGUCAAACUUGAAUCAUGAAAGAGCAAUGUAUUUAUUAAAAUGUAAAUGCUCACCAAAUGGUAUACUAAAACUGGAAGAUAUUCAUAUGGCCUUUAUCAUAAUUAGCACAUUCUUUCUAAUUUUGGACAGGGCAUUAGAGUUAUUCAUCUGUUGCACAAAAGAGGUGAUGUUUAAGGGUUUAUAGGGGGAAGCGGGAUUGCUUGAAGAGAAUUCAAAAUAUAAGCGAAAGAAACAUCAAUAACCUUACGUUUGUUUUGUUUUUGUUUUCCUUCGGAAAUACUGUGUAUACUGUACAAACCCGAAAUGGAACUUUCCCCCUACGAAACCAGAAUCUGUAAUAUAUAUUUUGAUUAUUCGUAUUAAAAGCAUACAUCAAGCAUU